AAACCAUUCUCAAUACCGGGCAACAAGAAGAUGGCUGUUUGUAGCAAUAAUAAUUUUAGCGUACUUGGGUUUGUUUUGUCCUUUGUCUCAAUAAUUCCAAGCCCGCUAGCUCACAUAGCAAAAUAUGAUGAUUACUGGAGGGAACGAGAGUUGCAGGCCAUAGAAAAUCUUGACAAGGCCUAUAACCCCCGCCCAGAGGAGGUCACCAACCAUUACAACGAGCAUGCUGCUAGGACUUUGAUAGGGUUUAAUAGCACAAGACGGGAUUUGAGGGAAAAGCUGAAGAGGGGGCCCUGUAUGGCAACCAACCCCAUCGAUCAAUGCUGGCGAUGUAAUCAAAUGUGGGCAGAAAAUAGGAAGAGGUUGGUUGAUUGCGCCCUUGGAUUUGGCCGUGGUACUACAGGCGGAAAGGAUGGAGAGUUCUACGUGGUCACAGAUCCUUCAGAUGAUGAUCUUAUUAAUCCUAAACCUGGAACUCUACGCCAUGCUGUGAUCCAAGAGAGGCCUCUUUGGAUCACCUUCGCACACCCCAUUAUGAUCAAGCUCAAAGAAGAGCUCAUUAUUUCAACUGGUGACAAAACCAUCGAUGGUAGGGGAGCCAGGGUGCAUAUUGCUUAUGGGGCUGGUAUUACUAUCCAGUAUACAACGAACAUCAUCAUCCAUAACCUUCAUAUCCACGAUAUUAUACCAGGCAAAGGCGGCAUAAUCAGGGAUUCGGAAAGCCACUUUGGAUUGAGAACAGAGAGCGAUGGUGAUGGGAUCUCUCUUUUCGGAGCAAGCAACGUUUGGCUAGACCAUCUUUCAAUGUAUCGAUGUUCCGAUGGUAUCAUUGAUGCUAUUCAGGGUUCCACUGCCAUUACUAUUUCCAACUGCAAUUUUACCGACCACAGUGAUGUGAUGUUGUUUGGAGGAAGUGACACAUCUGUCCUAGAUCAUAAGAUGCAGAUCACUGUUGCUUUGAACAUUUUCGGUAAAGGAUUGGUAGAGAAGAUGCCUAGGUGCCGAUUUGGUUUUACUCAUGUGGUCAAUAAUGACUAUACCCAUUGGCUCAUGUAUGCCAUAGGCGGCAGCAGUCACCCUACAAUUAUCAGCCAGGGCAACCGAUAUAAAGCAACAUUUAACAGGUUAACAAAGGAGGUGACCGCGAGGAUUUCUGCCCCACCGGCAGUGUGGAAGAGUUGGGAUUGGAUAUCAGAGGGUGAUGAAUUUUUGAAUGCUGCCUUUUUCACUCCAUCUGGAAACCCAGAUGCCGGCAAGAAAUUCGGAGCCGAUAAAAUGAUGCCUUUUCAGCCUGGUCAUCAGGUGCCCUUACUCACUGUUUAUUCUGGAGCACUUGGAUGCAAAGCGGGGAAGCCGUGCUAA